CGUUAGAAUGACGGUCAGACUAGCAUUUCUAUUUCUAACAUUACUGAUUUUGUCUCAAGGAUCUCCUACUCCUGUUGAUGUUGAUAUCGACCCACCGCAGUCUUUCACAAGUUCAACUAACAUUCCUACUGAUGAACAGCCAGUUGAAACAACUGAGCCGCCGACAACUACGUGUACAUGUACGACGACGCCGGCAACGACGCAGAAGCCAACGACGCAGAAGCCAACGAAGAGCAAUGGAGAAGGAGAGAAGCUACGCUGGAAACAAUGUGUUUGGAAAACGACAAACACCACUGACGAGGGACCGCUACAUAAAUGCAAUUUCACAGUAGAACAUACUACCAGCUCUCUUCAUGUCGUCUACUCAGGAGUCAACAGAGUCUAUUGUAACGGUUACCAGGAAUGUUGCUCCAGAUGGUACUUUACCUUCAAUGGUACUGAAUGUCAUGAUCCCGCACCUAUUGACCUGGUGGUUUUCAAGCGAUACACAGAGGACAGUCCCUACAGGACCAGACAAACAGAAGGAUAUUGUUAUAACAUGAACAGUGGAAUUGUAACCGUAGCGCUUCAUGUAGGUAAAUGCCUAGGCAUGAUCGACGAACUUGCUAAUGCGUACACAGGAUGGAACGAACACUCACCGUCUCGUAUUCUUAUUCGAGAAGCGUAUCCGCCUCAAGGUCACUUAACGCCUCCGUCUCCACCGUGAUAUACGUCUUGACGUCAUCGCACUCGCUGAAUGGCUGUUUGUUCUAUUCUCUAACCUUUCAUGUUUCUUAUGUUAGUGCUAUGAGCACCAAACUUAUACCUAACAUUUUAGCGUAAUUGGUAACUCAUGUGAAAUUGCUGAGCAUGUCCUGAACCUACACAAGAUGUAUUAGCUAAUUAGUUAGAAUUUUUAUAAAUCCCAUAUUUCGUCAUCUUAGUAAACAACAUGUCAGUUAGAAAUUUACGGUAUUAAACGCCAAUUUGUACAUGAAACGUAAGAAAGUCAUUGUGUCUGUUGACCUCUAAUACUAU